UCGCGCUCCAAAUAAUACGCGCAUUUCUCGUGAGCCCAUUUCUCUUGGCUGUAAAAGUGCAGUCUGUCAACUGAAACGCAAAUAGCCCUUCUGCGUGUAUCUGUCUCGACACGUUAUCUUCAUGUGGGGGUGGGUAGCGUGACCUACGGCAAUCCAACUCCACUAAAAUCCGUUUAUGUGUAACGUUCACCAACGAUCGUCGCCCCUGAAUGAUUGCUCAACAUUCAUCUCCGCCGCACCGUGAACACAUGAGGAGAACGACACCCGUAACGUUCACCAGUGCACUCAUUUGGCGGCUUUUAGCGCCAAAGACCGUUUGUUUUGGCAUCCCAGGGAAGUGAGUUUUACAACCGCUGUUUUUAAGCCCUUUUAGACAGUCAUGUGAUUGUAACGUAACCCGACCGGAAAACACCGACGACCAUCGCCGCCAAUGCUGCGUUUGAGAGGAACAGAGCAGCUGCGAGCCCAACGGACAAGUCCCCCGGUAACAGACAACAACUCACCCAACUCCACACACUCAAGCGGAGGAAAGGUGGAAGUAUGGAGCUGGCCAAUCAUGGUCUUAUCCUUCUGCAGCAGCUCAACGCGCAGAGGGAGUUUGGCUUCCUGUGUGACUGCACGGUCGCCAUCGGCAAUGUCUUUUUCAAAGCACACAAGGCCGUACUGGCUGCAUUCUCGAACUACUUCAGAAUGCUAUUUAUACACCAGGACAGUGACUGUGUUCGCUUGAAGCCUGCUGACAUUCAGCCCGACAUCUUCAGCUACCUCCUCAAUCUGAUGUACACCGGAAAACUGGCGACGCAGCUUAUCGACCCCGCUCGCCUGGAGCAGGGCGUCAAGUUCCUCCAUGCGUACCCUCUCAUUCAGGAGGCAAGUCUGGCUAGCCAUGCGGCUCAGGCACAUCCUGAGGUCAGCCUUCCCCUGUCGUCCUCUCUUUAUGGCAUUCAGAUAUCAGACCAACAGGCCACGCUGACAAACCGCCUCUCGGCAAGCACGCAUCUCUCUUCGCCGUUCGAUUUAGAAGGCAGCGGUUUGCUCGAUGGGAAGUGCGUUACCACAAACAAAGCUACCUCACUGAUGCGGCCUCUAUCCAAGCACAGGCAAGCUCUGUCAGAAACGGAGGUAGAAGCAUCGGCGAGCACCAGUCAGUUUGUGAGGGAAGGCGGCGAGACGGAAACAUCUGCAGGUGAAGCCCCGUCUUGCUCCCUGAGCGCCAACACCAUUCUGCAUGUGAAGCCCAGCAUCAUGAGAAGAAGUUCCUCUUUGAGGAAGCAUUAUACGUGCCAUGUCUGCGGGGGCCGCUUCAUCCAGCGAGGAGCCUUACGAGAGCACCUGCUUCUACACACCCAGGCUAUGCUGCCCCUGGUGUUAGAGUCCAUCAGUGCGGCUUCCCCCAUGCCGACCGGAGGUGCCGCUACGCCAGAGGUCGAAGAAGUCCUCAGAGGCAGCGAAGCUGCCGCAGCCACUCCCAUCAUCGUGGACGCUGCUAGUGACAGCGAGCAACAUCCUGAAACCGCCAUGCCCGUCCCAACAACAACUGCAGUCAGCCUGUGCUCUGCUCAGUCCCAGGCGGACACACCGCCGCCGUCCGAUAUCGCUGAUAUCGACAACCUAGAGGGUGCGGCUGACAUGGAGCGGGAAGUGAAGCGGAGGAAAUAUGAGUGCUCCACUUGUGGCCGCAAGUUCAUCCAGAAGAGCCACUGGAGAGAGCACAUGUACAUCCAUACGGGAAAGCCGUACCGCUGCAGCGCCUGCGGCAAGAGCUUCUGUCGGGCCAACCAGGCGGCGCGGCACGUUUGCAUGAAUCUGGGCUCAGAGCCAGCGUACACCAUGGUGGACCGACAGAGCAUGGAGCUGUGUGCCGCAGACGACUCCAGCCAAAUGGAGGCGCUGUUUCUCAGCUCUUCUGGGAGACCGUACAAAUGCAAUGUGUGUGAAAUGACCUUUUCCAGCCCCAAUGAGGUGAUCAAGCACCUGUGCUUCAACCAGGGUGUGCUCUCGGGCACAGCGGCUGGAGAAAUGGGCGUCAGUGGGCUGAACAGUGACAGCCUGGCCAAAGACGAAGGCUCGGAUUCAUCCAACGGUGGGCCGUUGAUAACGUCCAUCAAAACUGAGGAAGUCUUUGUGGAAUAGCUUCACAUUCAUCCACUUCAGAGUAUUGUUUUUUUUAAUUGUAUUGCAUUUGUGGGUAAAUUAUGAUCAGAAGUUAAGCUACAGAUGGGAAAUUCUGUUAUAUUGUUUCUUUUUUUCUGGGAAUUUUACUUCUACUGAAAAGUACUUCUACUUUCUGCUUUUUUUAAACACUCAUGCAUUCAUUUACUAUAUUUAUAACAGAUUUACAGUAGGUUUACUCCAGCAAGUCAAAUUUCUGCUUCGUUCUGUAUUGCUUUCAAGGGUUUUAUUGGUUACUCGAGUCAUUUGUAGUUUGUGUUGCGGUUAAAGCUCUUCCUCUGCCUAACGGUCUACAGGAAAAGGAUGUAGUGAACUGCUGAAAUCCUGUGUUUGUCACCGUGCAGAUGAGACGUAGACCUCAUUAGGUUGGAUUGGUAACUCGAUGGAGUAUUUAAAAUAUUAAAGCCACAAAAUGAUUAGUUCAUGGGUACAGCACCAAAAUUUCUUUUGAAAAUAAAAUGUCAUUUUCUGAGCAGCUAAACGUGGGUCCUGGUUUAGGAUGAGUAUUCACUACCUCAACCGGUAUCAGACAUGCAAUUAUCAGACUUACCUGAAAUUUGCAUCAAAGGGUCGAGGAUCAAAGUCAACUUUAUCUUCCAGUGCCUCCGAGGAGUUACACAGAUCUCAAAGUUUUUCUUUCUGACGCUGUUUCUAAUUUCUCAUUACAUGCUUUGGGUUAGCAAGAGCAAGGUGUAAUUGUAGAUAACCUUCAUGCAGUGCCAGAUUACCUGUCGAACAUCACUUAUAUUGUUCAUGUGACCCACGAUAUAUUUGCCUAAUUGUCAGUUUGUUACAGUGCUUUUUUUUUUUUUUUGUGCCAAUGCCACCUAAAUGAUAAACAUCCUUGCUGUAAAAUUGGUCGGCGGCAGCAGCUCAUCAGCAAUCUGGUUGUGUUGCUCUCAUUGUGGUUCAACAUGUUUACAGUUGUGCUGUGUGUGUGAAUUUAGAAAACACUGUGGCCAAUCGUACACAUGUGUAUAACAUUGCUUGAAGGGAGAUAUUUCUGUAACUGUUUGCCGAUUUAAUUUUGCCAUGAAAUGAUUUGCUUGAAUAUGCUCUUAAAUUCCUUUUUUUUUUUUUUUUUUUUUAUAUAACUUUUCUAAUUUUAUGUACAGUGCUUUAUUUACAAAGAAUUUUAUAAUCUCAGAGGUGGUAUAUUGUUCAAUGCAUUUACUGUAGAAUAUUAUCUAUUAUGGUGUAGUAGCACGUGUGUGUGUGUGUGUGUGUGUGUAUAUAUUUGUCAUCUCUGCAUUGGCUGUCUUUAUUUUCAUGAAACUGACAGUGAGGUCAUGCUGUAAAAGCACUGAUAUCUACUAAAGAUCCCUGACUACUUUCAUCAGUAUAUUUGUGCUACAUCAGGAAACUUCUGUCAUUUACAACCAGGGUGAUUUACAUUCAGUGCUAAAUAUUUCUUCCAUCUUUCAACCUUGUAGGAAUUUAUUGUAAGAGCACUGUGAGUUAAGUUACUACUGAAUAGUUAAUUAGAGCCCAGGAAUGACCAUUUGCUUCAUUUUGUUACAAUUUUUUUUUUUUUUUUUUAACUGUAAUGUUAAUUUUUCUUAUUUGUAA